CUCCUCCAACCCCUGUUGUUGUGUUCUGAAGAACUUUCUAACUGACAUUCUUUCUCUUUCUUUUUUGUGCUGCCACUUUGUACUUACUCAGCGUCUUUACUGUUUUUAUUCUGAAACAAAUUCUCUGUCCUAAAAGGCCAAGGAAAUCAACGGGAACAUAGGAUAGAAUGUGGCGAGACAGACUGUCUCUGUUCUUGUCGAUUAUUGUGUUUGUGAUAGGCCAGGGGUUCCAGACAUCGUUCAGACCUCAGAACUGUACACUGCAGUGUGUUUGUGAGGGAUCCCCAGGAUGUGAAUAUUGCAGGAUCAGUAAAGAUGAUGUUGAAACUACACUUGGCCUCACCUCUGCUGGUCUCUUUGCAGGUUGUAUGCCAUGGCUGUGUCAUUCUUUUUUAGGUCUGCAGAGUCCUGAGGUCUGCCAGCACUAUGUACAUGCUCCGCAGAAUGUCACCAUCGAAUUUUCAGAAACUCAGAACCCUAAAUAUGAGACUGUUGUUGUGUCUUGGAGGCCUAGCCAAUACGGUAUUGCUUUUUUGCGUGGUUUCCUAGUUUCCCUCCAGACUUUAGGUGGCACUCAGAUCACAUGUCAGCUCUUCCUCCUUCAAAACAAUAUGUCACUCUCCGCUGUGCAUGCUCAAAGGGUGUAUUACUCAGAUCCUUUCACAGAUCUCUCUCUGGGAACCCAGUAUGCCGUGACUGUGAUGGCCCUUCCAGUUCCUGAGAUCUGGGACAAAUUUUAUCAUAGCAAAAUGUUCUUCACACGCUCAUGUCCUGAGAAAAAUGGCUUGGAGCACUGCAAAACAGACUGGUAUCCGAGAUAUAUUGAAGUCCACCAGGAAAACAAGGAUAUUGUUGUGACUUUUAACUUGGCACCUAAGAAGUUGGGGAUCAAUCGCUAUUUUUCAUCAUGCUAUGGAGGGGGCUCACGCAGCUUUGAAAUUAUUCAGCCAGACUUGCGUGUAAACAGCACUCAUCAUACAUUCCGUUUGCUCAAUCUCCACAUAGAAACCAACUAUACCUGUGAGAUUGCAGCAGAUAUUGAGGAUGCUGUUAGGAAAACUUUCUUUGUACAAGUACAGCACAAUGUGAAAGAGCCUUUAGCUUUACACAAGGAGGGUGUCUCUCUAGCAGUACUCUUCUCUGUGGGUAUUCUACUAGCAGCCUUAGCAGUCAUCUUUGCUAUUCACUGGCAGAAAAAACAGAAGAAAAAAACAGCAAAGACUGAGAUACCAUCAGACAUAACUGAGGAAUAUUAUGAUGAAUAUACAGAGUAUCAGUUUGUACCAGUAGCCAACAGGACCAAUCCCCCUCGACUCCUGAUUUGCUACUCAAGCAGUGAUGGUUCUGCCCAUGUGAGGGUUGUCUUACAAUUGGCAACGUUUGUGCAAAAGCAUAUGGCUACUGAGGUACAUUUGGAUCUGUGGGAUGCCUUAAGUAUGACAGAGGAGGGAGAUUUGGGGUGGUAUUGCAGAAAGAUAAAGGAGAGCGACUUUGUGCUUGUCAUCUGCUCCAAGGGUCUCAACCAGAGACUGCAUAACCAGAGAGAAGAAGUGGACCAAAGGGCAAAUACCUCACUAGCCAUUAUAGCCAUGAUUGGAGAAGAGAUAUUCCGUGCCAAAUCUCUGGGUCAGGACCUCUCCAAAUACAUGACUGCCAUUUUUGAGUAUUCAAGGAAGUCAGACAUCCCCACCAUGUUAAGUUUGGCCUCUCAUUAUACUCUUCCAAAGGACUUGCCACUGCUCUUCUCCCAUCUCCAUGGAGUGGCUUUGCAGAAGCCUGGAGCUUACCUACUGAUAGAAAACAUCUCAGAGAAUGGCUACUCUAAGCUCCCAGCUGGUGCAGCAUUACUACUAGCUAUUCAAGAUGCAAGGAUACUGAUUGGUGGUUUGUAACCAUCUGGCAUGAGAGUUAAAGAAGAUCUGGGCAGAACAAAAUAACUUGAUAUAAGGGGAAGCAAGACCCAAAUCUACCCUGCUCAGCUUGUAGGUUUUUCCAUUCAAAUCAACCAGAAAAGGAAUAAAUAUUGCCAAGACAGUACUGCUGAGAGAGACACUUCAUGUUUGACAAACUGUGGGUAUGCCAGACAGAUGAUGGUUAUAGACGGUUAUAGAGAUUAAUACCUGAGGCUUCUCUUAAGUUAGCUGCUGCUCCCAUCAUUGUAUCAAAGUAAUAUUGAUUGUCUUGUCACAGACAAUCUAGGGGGUGCUGUUUUCACACAAGCACAAGGGCUGCUGCUACAUCUCACAUGUAAAUGUACAACAUAUUGUUAUUUUCAUGUUUGUGUCAUUUUGUGAAUUUGUUGGACACAACGAAAUGUGAGGCCCAUGUAAAUAACUCAGAUAUCCACAGAUUGGGGGCUCCAUUCUGACACUGAACAGUACACUGUUAAUCCGGUAAUCUGAUUCAGGUCUUUAAAAAGGGAACCCUGACCUUUCAUUGUCUCAUCUAAUCUCAAGAUAGGCCACACAGAAACGUCAGUGUAGUGCAGGAUAAAUUCCACUAUAUGCAGGACAUGUUUUUCACUUGCAAGUUUAUUCUAACUGUAAGUAAAGCAUUUGACUGAGAACUUUACCAUGGUCAUGGCCUUUACUCACUCAGUCAAUUAGUUGAUUAAACCAAGAAGUUCAGGUGCUCCUUUGAUCUUUUUCUUGCUUUUUUUUCUCCUUUUCGUAGGGUUUCAAAUCUAUAUGGUUAAUUUACAUUUCACAUUGUAUUUCAGUAAAUCAUUCCAUAGGACUUGGUGUGUUCUGAAUAUGAUUUAAAUUCACACUGCUCAUAUUAACAUACAUGUUCAAAAGCUGUUGCAACCUUGCAUAAUUCGACCAAUACAGCCAAAUGCAUAUAUACACUCACCGAGCACUUUAUAAGGAACACUAUACUGGAUAGAGCCACACUUUGCUCUCAAAACAGCCUCAAUUCUUUGUGGAAUGGAUUCCACAUUCCACACCAACAUUUCUUUGAGAUUCUGGUCCAUGUUGAAAUGAUUGCAUAACGCAAUCCCUGCCAAUUUCUCAGGUGCACUUUCAUACUGAGAAUUUCCCGUUCUACCACAUCCCUAAGGAGUUCUGUUGAAUUCAGAUCGAGUGACUGGGAACACUGAACUCAUCAUGUCAUGCUCAUGAAACCAGUAUUAAACGAAUUUUGCUUUGUGACGUGGUGCAUUAUCAUGCUGGAAGUAGCCAUUGGGUGGGAAGAUGGGUAAAAUUGUGGUCAUGAAGAGAUGCACAUGGUCAAAAACAAUACUCAAAUAGGCUGUGGCAUUCAAGAGAUGAUUGAUUCAAGAGAUGAUUUUUUUGCCACAUUGGGUGUGGCAAAAAACGUUCCCCACACCAUUACACCACCUCCACCAGCCUCGACUGGACAUCUGUGUACCUCAGCAGAAAUCGAGAUUCAUCAGAUCAGAUCAGGCUUCGUUUUUCCAGUCUCAGCUGUCCAGUUUUGGUGAGCUUGUGCCCAUUGCAGCCUCAGCUUUCUGUUCUCGGCUGACAGAACUGAAAUCUGACGUGGUCUUCUACUGUUCAACAUGUGCAUUCUGAGAUGCUUUUCUGCUCACUACAAUUGUAGAGAGUGGUUAUCUGAGUUACAGUAGCCUUUCUGUCAGCUCGAACCAUUCUGGCCAUUCUCCGUUGACCUUUCUCAUCAACAAGGUGGUUCUGUCCGCAGUACUGCCGCUCACUGGAUGUUUUUUCUUUAUUGCACUAUUCAGAGGAAACUCUAGAGACUGUUGUGCAUGAAAAUCCCAGGAGAUCAGCAGUUAUAGAAAUACUCAGACCAGCCCAUCUGGCACCAACAAUCAUGCCAGCGGUCAAAAUCACGUUUUUUCCCUAUUCUGAUGGUUGAUGUGAACAUUACUCAAAGCUGCUGGCCCAUAGCUGCAUGAUUUUAUUCAUUGCACUGCUGCCACAUGAUUGUCUAAUUAGAUAAUUGCAUGAAUGAGUAGGUGUACAGGUGUUCCUAAUAAAGUGCUCAGUGAGUAUACACACAUUGUUUGGCAUGCCACACACUUUGUUUACUCUCUGCUAUAGUUAAAUCUAUGUUCCCGUUAAGAUAGUACCAUCUGUCACUAACAUGCAUUCAGAGCAUGAUCUCUCAGAUGCCUAGUGUUGCUGUGAGAAUGAGUGGCAUUCCUCCCACCCUGAAUGCAUGGCCAAUUUUCUAUCUUUGCUCCCAGCCAUGGAUGGCAUGGUCAGGAUUUGAAUUUGUGAUCUCCAGACAAUAAGGUGAACACUUUUUCUGUUGCACCACUCAGCAACCAGUAAAUUUCAUUUUCUUGAUCUGGUUCCUUGUCUUUAUCAAGGAGGAAUUGCUUGAAAAUAUCACUAUUAUGGAACUGCAGUCUUACAAAUUUGAGUCCUUGGUUAUAUCUGACAGUUAAGAUUGAGGUUUAAAUGAUUUUUCUAUAUUGAUAAACAUUAUACUAUCUUAAUUUCCAAUGAGAGUUCCACGUUUACAAUUGAAACUGAUAUUGCAAUGUGAUUUAGCAGGUAUGACUAACAUAUUUCUGUUUGUUAAUCUGAGAGCUCUUGCUGGGACAUACCCAACAAUGAAUUUAUAUUGGAGCAAGGCCAUGAAUGCAUUACUAAAAGUAAAUCACUAAAUGUAUCUUAAAAUCAAUUCUAAAAAACACUGGUAGCCAGUGCAGCUGUUUAAGAACAGGUGAUCUCUCAGUGUAGUGCAUGUCAAGAUUGGUGCAGCAGCAUUUUGUCCUUUCUGUAAAGUAGUGAUAGAGCUCUUUGGUAAACCAGAUAAGAGUGUGUUAUAGUAAUCCAGACAAGCUGAAACAAAGGCAUGUAUAAGAUUCUCAUUAUUAGCAGAACAUCCAAGACCUUGGCUAUGUUUCUGAGGUGAUAGAAUGCAACGCAACAUACCUUUCAGUGUCCUGUUUUAAGUUUUUAUUAAAUUAAUUAUGAAAAUGUAAAUCACUUGGUAUGAAUAUAUACCUUCACAUAAAAAUCACACAACAUACUAUUAUUUAAUGUAAAAAAAAAAAAAAAAAGUUUUUCAAGUAAUCAGGUGGUCUUCAGAAAUCUCCUUGGAGAGUAGUAAAAAGAUGCAGAAUACAAAAUAUCAACUGAUUGAAGAAGUGGUUCCAUAAAAUAAUAAUUUAAAUCUAAUCAUGGUUACAUUUGGUUGCAUUUAAAUUUUAAAGAAAAUUUAAUUCACAAUAAUUCUUAAAAAAUGUAUGUUCCUCCUCAGAGGCAGGUGCUGCACAGCUUUUUAUGUUACCCAACCUGCACCUUGUAAUGUUGUGUGCACGAUGUAUAUUUCUUGUGGUUUAAAUUCUAUUUUACACCAUAUUUGUGUUGAUACAACAAUGAUGAAAACCUUAGACUAGUUUGCAAAUUACCUCAUAUUUAUGUGGGCAGAGCAGCCCAAAAGCAGCUUUUUGAUACAAAUGAAAAUUUUUUUGCCUGUAUUUACAACCUGCACACUGCCAAGGUUUUCUGCCCUCUAUCGUGGAAGCAUGGUCCAAUCAAAGCAACCCUUAAACCACAUCGCUACACAGACCUAAUUAAUUCUUACCACAGACAUCUCAAAGCUAUAUUUAUCAACAACAGCUUUACAACAAAGUACUAAUGUUGGUAAUUUUUGGUGCCUUUCCCCCAUAUUGAGUUAUUUUUUUUAUUUUUUUAAAUAAUUUUUUUUUUUUUAAAGAUAUCUUUGUGUAUGCUUAUAAACACACAUUUUUGGUCAUAUUUAUAAAUAAGUAUAAGUAUAUUGUGUGUAAAUUUGAAGUGGAUAUCUGCACUUUAAGUAUAUUAAAUAACAAAAAAAAUUGACGAAUGCUUAAUAAUGAUCAUGUGGUGUGACCAUGGUGUUCCCUCCAAAUAAUACUAUUCAAAUAAUACAUCAUUAUUAUGCUUAAAUGGUGACAAAUGCUACAUGUACAAGUACAGGUACAGUAAAAAAUUGUAGAAAAACAAAGCAUUAUUAUUAAGUCAUGAACUUGUAUGUGCUGCAUGUCCUCUAACUGCACUACCUCCCUGUUCAUCCACUUUUUUAAAUGCAUAAAAGUGAUUAAUAAAAUGUCCAAGAAUAGUA